UACCUGCAGGCUUUUCUGACACUCUCUGCUGUAUAUGAGAGACAAGAGCUUCUCCAACCUGCAGUGCCAAGCCCUGAAGGUUCAGAUCUUCAAGGACACUGCUGCUCUCCGAGACCUUAUCAAGAGCUUGUUAACAGUGAACGCACAGCAUGAUUAGCACUUACCACAAAGAAGAAACAAAUACAACUAAUCAGAAGCUCUGUGGGACUUUCCAAGUGGAUGUGGUGCCUUACUCCUUACUCUAUGGUUGGUUAAAUCCCAGUAGGAAUCCAGGAGUUUUGGUCGAGAGUUUCUUCAGCGUGGAGAAGAAGGCGUAAAUACACGGUGGCAGAAUGCUGCAUGCUUCAGGAAGUUGUGUGUUUGAAUCGAUUCAACGGGGGGAAAUCGAUCGGGUUUCCCAUUUAUUACAGCAGGAUCGAGGUGUUUUGAAACAAAAAGGUUGGGGAGGUUUCACGGCCCUUCACUUUGCUGCUCUCCAUGGGAACCGGCCAAUGGCUGAGCUUCUGCUGAACAGCGGCGCUGAUCCGAACAUUCCCUGUGAUGCAGGACAAACCCCUUUUCACUUUGCUUGCAGAAAUGGCAAUAUUUAUGUCAUGCAAAAAAUGAUGCAGCACGGUGCAGACUUACACGCAGUGGAUGAGCAAGGAAAAACAUCCCUUCAUCAUGCAGUUGGCGGUGGAAGCGUAAUUGCCACGCAGUAUCUGUGGGAGACUGGAAUGUUCCACUUCACGGAUACAGAUUACUAUAAGGUCACCCCGCUGCAUUUGGCAGCUUCCACAGGCAAUUCUGACGUAGUCCGCUAUCUCCUUAGAGCUAAUAGAUGCAGGCCAGAGGCGGUUGACCACCAGGGGGCGACAGCACUUCACGUGGCUGCAGAGAAAGGCAUGAUUGAGGUGUGCUGGCUACUGUUGAAGAGUGCUGGACUCCACAUUUUACACAUGAAAAACCACACUGGCCUCACACCUCUAGACCUCUGUAAUCAAGGGAAUACAUUUAGACAUCGGCAGCUCUCGAGGAUGUUGACGCAUUUCAGUCAACGACCAAAAGAUCUGGUUCCUAAGGACUCGUACGGGAUGUACGUCUGGAUGCUGCUGUUACCGUCUCUCAGCGGGGCUGCUGUUCUCAUUAUAGCUGCGGCUCUUGGUGAAUAUGGGGCUAUGUUUUCUGCAGUGCUUUUCCCCUGUAUGGCAAAAUUUGUUCUUUCUCAGUAUCAUAGACUGAGCAGCUUUCAAAGGUUACCAAACCCUGUUUACCUUGGAACACUGACUGCGGGCCUAAUUCAUUCCAUAGCUUGCUUUCUCUAUAAAAUUGUACCUAGUUUUUGGCCAGCUUAUACUCUCUUGAAUGUUUCACUUGUCCAUUUGUGUGUGCUCGCUGGACUUUUUUGGAAAGUUUUAAAGCAGAACCCAGGACAACUCAAAGAAGCUGACACAGAUUCCCAGUUUUCCAGCAUAGGAGACUUAAUAGAAGCUGGAAAGACCCCAGACAGAUUCUGUAUUUACUGUGAGCUGAUCCAAGUGGACAACUGUAAACACUGCCGUUUGUGUGACAUGUGCAUCCAAGACUAUGACCACCACUGCCUCUUCCUUAAUCAAUGUGUGGGACGGGACAACCACCGAAUCUUCAUCCUCUUCAUUAUGUCUAUGGUAAUGGCUCACCUCGUCUUCAUCCUCUGUGCGGUGUAUUACCUCUACCUGAAACUCUCAGGCUUGCAGCUGUUUGACUGGGGCUCAGCGGCAGGAAGAGAGGCCUGGGUCCUCCUGCUGACUCUGCUCAACUUCCUCUCUUUGACCUGGGUGGGAUGGUUGCUAAUUGAGCAGCUUCAUGCCAUUUCUAUGGGAACCACUACCUACUUUAGGCGGUACAACCACAAAGGGCCUUCUAAAAGACAACGGCUGGGCACAAUCCUCUCUUUUCUGUUUGAGGGGAAGAGAAGACAGGAGCACAGUCAGUCUUUUAACAUAUAGAGACUUUGAAAUAACAAACUAAUGCUACAGAUUAGUUUUUACUUUUGUUUGUAAAGGCUUGAGUAUGUAACUUUUGUCUAAGUGUUGCUCUGUAAUACAGUCUAAAUGAGCAGACACUAGUUUCUGAAAGUCAAAGUCAGUUGCCGAUUUUGGACAGUCAAGAUUAUGUAUUUCACAAUUUUAGACCAAAUGUGUCCAUUUCUCAUUCAUCUCCUUGCAUUUUUCCAUUAUAGUUGUGAUGUGACAGUUGAAGUAAACUUUAUUUAUUUUGUGUAUAAUGCCUACACUGUAAAAUAAAAAAUAAUUGAGCCAAUUUCAAAUUUUAAACCAAUCUGCUGAAGCUGGUUGGCCUGACUUUGUUUUUUGCUUUUUUUUAAUAACAGUGUCAUUUUUUUUCUAUAACCAUUUACAAUGUAAGCAAUUCUUUUAAAGUCUUAAGAGUCUAAAAGUUGCAUAGUAUAUUCCAGCCUUAAUUUACAGAGAAUAUUUCCUCAAUUUAAAGUUGCAGUCUGUAAAUUUUGCCUGGUGGGAAUCCUGUAGUAUUUAGUAAUCACAGAUUCUAGACUACAUCUAAGAUUAUGUUAACAUACUGUUAAUCAGUAUUGCUUGAAUAUAAGCAUAAUGUGUAUUAGCAUGUAGACUUAAAUUUCUGUACAGUCUAAUAUCUAAUUGUGAAAUCAUUCAAAUUUCGUAUUAGGAAAUUCUUAAUCCAAAAAACAAAUUGUGCUCCCUUCAAACUGGUUGUUUUUUUAUAUAUAAAUGGAAUAUAAUUUAAUUUCAUUCACGUGUUUCAAAAUGGUCUAAAUAAUUUUUUGACAUUGAAUUAUUCCAGUUUUUGUGAGAGUAGGUCAUAAUUAAAUGAUGCGCCGAAUGAGGCCAUAGCCUGUACUUGCGGGACAGCUUCUUUAUGUUUACAGAAUAAUGCAGUGCCAUGUUUGAAAUUCCUGUGAAAACCUGUCUAUACCACUCAAAUUAGAAAGCAUUAUUACAACCUGAUUGUGAAUCAGGCUAAAGGCUUAGAUUUGAACACUGGCUGGUUAUGUACUGUACUUACUCAAAUAUUGAUUUUGGAUCAUUUUUACCAAAAAAACUUACGUGCUGCAGCUUUAAGAUUGUUAAAUUGUGACUCACAUAGUUUGUAAAAACAAAUGAAAAAAAAAUAUUACCUAGAUUAUUUUUUUGUAAUAACGUUUUACAUGAACAGAGGUCAUCGCUGCCUUGUCUUACUAUAACUGUCUUACUAUAUCUAUAUUGUAAUUUUGUAUGUGUAAAAAUGUAUGUGUUUUUAUAGGAAACAUUUUAAAUGUAUUUUAUUCAUGCAUUUCAUGUCUACAUGCAUUUCAUGUCUACAUAUCAAUCUCUCAUUGAAUAUUUUGAAAUAUAUUUGAAUAAAUAUUGAAUAAAAUUUGAAAAUACAUACGUAUUUGAAUGAGGUCAAAUGUAUAUGCAAAGUGAGAUAUUUGUAAAAACAAUGCACCUAAAAUGGAUGCCCAGUCAUUUACUGGUAUAUUAUGUCAGGAUAAAGUAUUUGAUUUUAAUUAUUCAACAAAUUAAAGAUUAGUUUUG